UCAAGGACUGUGGGAAUGUAGGAGUCAGUUCAAUAUUUAAAACAGAAAACGAUUGAAAAAAUGAAUAAUCUGUUUCACAAACUCUGUCUUGAAGACAGACACACUAAUAAACUGCGAGCUUCAGAUGUUCUUCAGAUAAAUAAACAUUCAUUGCAGUCCAAUGAACCUUGUCCUGAAGAAGAGCUCAUUCAAACAUUCAUACAGAAACUACUGAUGAUGAACUACAGAACAAGAUACAUUAGUGCUGAGAAGAUUAAUGAAGAUCACUUGCAACAAACAAACUUUGACUCAACUGAAGGAGGGAGUGAUAUUUUUAAUGAAAUGUCUUCUGCUAAAGGCACGAAUAAGUCAGAACUCAUUCACCCGAUGGAUGUUCAGAUGGCUGCAUUUCAUCAUGCUGAUGGUUUUCUAAAGCAGCUGAUGGUCACUAAACUGUCCCAGUGUCAGUUCGCUCUGCCUCUGCUUGUUCCUGAUCCAUUCACACAACAGACUGACUUUCCUCUUUGGACAUUCAGACAAAUCAACAAGAGCUGGAAGAUCAGAAACACCAACAAUGAAACCAUCAGUCAAACCCAGCCCAUCUACAAGGCACAAACUCCAAUGGUGUUUUUCUUCAGGUUUGACUCUGUGUCUUCAUCCAAGUCUCAGCUGAUGAACAGUCUGAUCAAUGACAAACACAACACGUUCUUCCACAGGAACUGCCCAGGCAGCAGCAGAUCCAGAGUCCUGAUGGAUGGAGUGGUGGAGAUCGCCUGGUUCUGCCCUUCUGGGAAAAACACAGAUACAUUUACUGACUGUGUGGCCUUCUGUAAUCUACAUGGAGAUGCAGGAGAUCACGAGAAACAGUGGAGGAUCCUCACUGAGAUGGCCUCAGUCAAUGUGCUUCUACUUCCACAGCUUGAUAGAAAUGACAAACAUGCAACGACAAUUCAAAAACUGUACAGUGACUCAAAGCCACUUAUUUGCCUUUUUACUGAAGAUGAAUCUACUGUUAUUCCGACAAAGAAAGGAAAAUAUAAGAUUGGAUUAAAAGACAGAAAUCAGGCAGAUAUCUCUAAAGAUCUCAGAGGAGCUAUAAUUAAAUGUCUUUUGGAAUCAUCUUCAACUUUCAGACUUGAAGAUGUGUCCAAACACUCAGACAUCAGAGUAGAUAUGGAAGAGGAUGAAGACUGCAGGAAAGGAAGAGAAGCAGCACAGCAGAUGAUCAGUUUACUGCAGAAAGAAAAUCUGACAGAAAUCAAAGAAUCAUUUCUGCCUCAUCAGGGGAAACUGUGGCAUCAGUGGAGUCAGAAGAACAAAGAACUACAUCGACUUCGAGGAGAUGAGUUAGAAAUUGAAAUCAGUAGAAAACAAACAGAAAUGAAGAAAAUCCGUCAACAGCAGCAUGAAUCUGACAUCAGUGAGUUUAUAAAAGUCUUUAUAAGAAUAAUGAAUUUGGAUGUUACAAUUAAGUUGUAUUUUAUUAAAUGGCUCAGAAUCUUGAUGGAUGAAAAUACAUCAUCUGAUCUGUAUUCUCUACAUCAAAAUUAUAAUGAUAAAUGGUCAACAGUUUUAAAACUGAAAGAGGGCAGUGAUGAAAAAGACUCGCAACUCAAAGCUGAAGAAACUGAACUUGAGAGAAUAUCUGAGGAUCUUCAAGGGGCAGCCUUUGGUCUGGAGCACAUCAUGAGGGAGAUCGGUCAGAUCUAUGAAUCAUGUUCAUCUGUGAAGGAGAACAAGAAAGAUCUGCCGGUUCACUUCUCUUCUCUCCCGAGUCUCGCAGCAGAGAUGAUGAUCUCUGGGUUUCCACUGGAGCUGAUGGAUGGAGAUGCUGCUCAUGUUCCAGUAGUCUGGAUCUCCGCUGUUCUUGAUCAGCUCAUCCAGAAACUGGGAGACCAGACCAGAGUCUUUGUGCUGUCAGUUUUAGGGCUUCAGAGCUCUGGGAAAUCCACCAUGCUGAACGCCAUGUUUGGACUCCAGUUUGCCGUCAGUGCUGGCAGGUGCACCAGAGGAGCUUUCAUGCAGCUGGUCAAAGUGUCUGAGGAGAUGAAAACACAGAUGAACUGUGACUAUAUUCUGGUUGUUGAUACUGAGGGUCUUCGUGCUCUAGAACUGGCUGGAAGAUCAACAAGAGAUCAUGACAAUGAAUUGGCCACAUUUGUUGUUGGUGUUGCAAAUCUGACAUUAAUCAACAUCUUUGGAGAAAACCCGUCUGAGAUGCAGGACAUUCUUCAGAUUAUUGUUCAGGCCUUCAUGAGGAUGAGGAAGGUUAGACUAAAACCCAGUUGUGUGUUUGUGCAUCAGAAUGUUUCAGAUGUCACAGCUGGAGAGAGAAACAUGGAGGGAAGAAGACAACUGCAGGAAACACUGGAUAAUAUGACAAAACUCGCUGCUGAAGCAGAAGACUCAAAUGCUGAAUGUUUCAGUGAUGUCAUUAAAUUUGAUGUUCAGAAUGAUGUGAAGUAUUUUGCUCAGCUCUGGGAGGGCAGUCCACCAAUGGCUCCACCAAACCCAAACUACUGUGAGAAUAUCCAGGAACUAAAGGUGACUAUCAUGUCUCAUGCUUCAAAAGUACAGGGAAUGAGGCUGACAGGUUUAAAAGAUAACAUUAAAGAUCUCUGGGAAGCUUUACUGAAUGAACGAUUCAUCUUCAGCUUCAGAAAUUCUCUGGAGAUUUCUAUCUACAGGAAACUGGAGACAGAGUACAGCAAAUGGUCUUGGAGUCUUCGCAGUGCAAUGAUGGAAAUCGAGAGUAAACUACACAACAAAAUUGAAAAUGAAGCAAUUGAUGAGAUUGAGAAAACUGAUCUUCACAAUGAACUGAAGGAAACCAGUGAACAAGUGGAAAAAUCAAUGUCAGAUUUUUUUGAGAAGGAUCCAGAUGCAGAUAUACUGAUUCAGUGGAAAACAUCCUUUGAAAUAAAAAUCCAGGAGAUUCAGGAAAACAUUGUGAAAGAAACAAAGAGGAAAUUAAAUGAUAUUCUUCAGCAACGAGACAUGAAGAAAAAGAUUGACGCUCAGAGGACACAACAUGAAAACACUCUCUAUGAAAAGAGUAAAGAACUGGCCUUGAAUCUCAAAGACAAAACAAAUGAUGAAGAAACACUGAAGAAAGAGUUUGAAUUAUUUUGGGAACAAAGUGUGAAGAAGAUCAUAAAAGAGACGCCUCCAAUCAAAAGCAUUGAUGUGUUGAAAGAUGCAAAAGUCCUCCUCAGUGAUGUCUAUAAAAGUGCCUCUUUAGGUCACUGGAGUGACAGCAGGGACAUUUCUAUUGAGCAGAACUUUUCUGAAUAUGUCAUUUUCACCAAGACCACAAGUAGUGCAGUUGCAGAUGUUACAGACCAAUCAUUGUCUUCAGAGGAUGAGACACAAAUACGAGCAUUAGUCUUAGGGAUUGUUGAGGAGACAGAAAGAACGAUUCUGUCAUCUAACAUUUCAAAGAUGGGCUACAACAACAGCUACAUUCAACAACUUACCAGUGACAUCAAGACAAGAGUAACAAAAUAUCAGGAAGGAGCAGUGAAAUAUAAGUUCAAGAACGAAUUCUUCAUUGAUUUGGUUUAUUCCAUGUGUAAAAGAGCAAACAACAAGAUCACUGAACAACACAGACUGUUCAGAGAAGCCAAUGACCCUGUAAUAUACAUCGAGAAGAAGAAAGAAGAGUACUAUAGUAUUUUCCAGAAAUACUGUCAUAGUGCAACAUCAGCUGUGAUUUUUGGCGAGAUCAUCUGUCAGAAACUGAAGGAGCCCAUUGAAGAGAGCGUCUACAAGAAAACUGCCAGAGAUUUAGCAGAUGAAAUAAAAACAGACUGUGCAUCACUGAAUGGAAACAGAUCAAAUCUGGAGAAACACAUCCUGAAGACACUGGCAGAAGAGGAGGACUUUAAAAAAUGUAUAAAUUACAUUCAUUAUCCCAGAGGUCAUUUUAAGAGUUUCAUCAGAGAUGAAGUCAGUCGCUACAUCAGCGAUAAGUUCAGCAGCAGUGUUUUACCCAAGAUGGAGGAGAACAUUAAACUCCUGCAGCAGAAGAUCAUGAACGCAGCACAUCAAUCUACUGAACAUGUUCAAGUCAACAGUGGAGAUGUUGGUUUGUGGUUGAAGAGUUUCACACAGCAGCUCUCAGAUCAGCUGAUCUUCUCUGAAAAAGACCUCAGUGGAGUCAAACAUGAUGAUGUUGAUGAUUUCACACUCCUAGAAGAUGUGAUCAGACAAGAGCUUCCUGCUGUAAUGUCAGACAUCAGCAGCAGAUUCAACACAGACACAUUUCCAGUAAAGCUGGACUAUAAGUUCAGGCCAGAUGAGCUUCUGAUUGAUCACUUCUGUCAGUGCUGUUGGGUUCAGUGUCCGUUCUGUAAAGCCAUCUGCACAAACACCAUGGAGGACCAUGAAGGAGAUCACAGUGUUCCAUUCCAUCGUGUAAUUGGGAUAAAUGGGUGGUCUUACGAAGGAACAUCAAACUUGUGUACUGACAUCUGCACAUCAGCAGUAGCAAGUGAUAAUUAUUUUUAUCCCAAGCACUCAGAUGAUGCAUAUCCCUGCAGAGAAUACAGAACAGCGGGAGGGGUUUAUGAGAAAUGGAGCAUCACUCCUGAUCUCUCUGAACUGCCCUACUGGAAGUGGUUCGUGUGCAGAUUCCAAAAGGAUCUGGAAAAACACUACAGCAACACAUUUGAGGGGAAGGGGAUGAUACCAGACGAAUGGAGAAAAUACUCAAAACAGGAUGCUACUGAGAGUUUGGAUAAAUACAUUUAAGUGAACAAAUAAGUUCAUUUUAAUUUGCAGAUUUUUAUUAACAAAGUUAAACAACAUUUUAAUAGUUUAAAAGGGCAUUAAGUGUUUAUUAGUUUAUUUUAAACGUGAGCAAUGCAUGAAUAAAAAAAUGCUUGCUACACACUCAAAAUUGUUUAUGAACGGAGAGUAGAAAUACCUUUUUUGCUUCAUUUUGAAUAUUUAUUAUGAAAACAAAAGAUUUGUACUCGAGCAAAAAACAAAAAACAAAAAAAAACUUUGAAAUAAAAAUGUGUUAGCACAUUGGCCAGGGCUCACAUUGACCAGCACAGAAUAUAGCUUACAUCAGCAGGGCUCAAAAUUAACUUUAAUUUGGUAACACUGGUGCUCCCACUUGAAAAAUUUAUUAGCUCCACUACUACAAAUUGUAUAUUAACAGAUUUAUUGUAUUUGUAAACAACACCAAUCAGAACUGUCAAAAAAGUAGUGCUGCGAUUACUUGUAGAUGUUAGUUUCCAAAAGAAUUCCAAUUCUAAUUCCAAAAUGAAUAUCCAGUAAAAAUGAUGAAAACAAUAAAUUAAAUUUCUCUUCAUUGUGCUGCCACAUAUGAGUAACAUACUGAGUUUUCUGCUAAAAUGAGUCAACUAAUGAAAAAUGAAACAAUAGUUUACUAUUAAACAAAAACAAAGCAUUGCAGUUAA